UACACACAGAAUCCUUACAAAUGUUAAGAAAUAUGGAAAUCCCUUCAGCCAAAAGUAAAUCCUAAUUCAUCAAAAAAUUCAUACUGGAGAGAAACCUUGUGAAUGUGGGAAAGUUUCCAUUCAGAUGUCACACUUCAGUCAGCAGAAAACUUGUAGUGGGGAAAACCCCUUUGCCUGUAAGGUAUGUGGGAAAGUCUUCAGCCACAAAUCAAAUCUUACUGAGCAUGAACAUUUUCAUAAUAGAGAGAAACCUUUUGAACGUAACGAAUGUGGAAAAGCCUUUAGCCAGAAGCAAUAUGUUAUUAAACGUCAGAACACCCACACUGGAGAGAAGCUUUUUGAAUGUAAUGAGUGUGGAAAAUCCUUCAGCCUGAAGGAAAACCUUCUCACCCAUCAGAAAAUUCACACUGGGGAGAUACCUUUUGAGUGUAAGGAUUGUGGGAAAGCUUUCAUUCAGAAGUCAAACCUCAUCAGACACCAGAGAACUCACACGGGCGAGAAGCCUUUUGUAUGUAAGGAAUGUGGAAAAACCUGCAGUGGCAAAUCUAACCUUACCGAGCAUGAGAAGAUUCAUAUUGGAGAGAAACCCUUUAAAUGUAGUGAAUGUGGGGGCGCCUGGAUAAUGAAGUCUGAAAAGGCGAAAUUACUUCCUGGGGUGGGAGCCCUGGAUUACAACUACAAGUGUGUGAUUCCCGAGACUGCCCACAUAAUCACGGCAUUGUGA